UCCUGCAGCUGAGGCCGCUGAAAGACCUCGCCAGUUCAGACCCACGGGGCUGCCCUCCCCUGCGCUCUCCCCUUGCUUCUCGGGCCUGGAGCGCAGCGCGGCCGCGCAGAUUCACGAUGUUGAGAGCCCUUUUCCUAACUAUGCUGACGCUGGCGUUGGUCAAGUCACAGGACACCGAAGAAACCAUCACGUACACGCAAUGCACAGAUGGAUAUGAGUGGGAUCCUGUAAGACAGCAGUGCAAAGAUAUUGAUGAAUGCGACAUUGUCCCAGAUGCUUGCAAAGGGGGAAUGAAAUGCGUUAACCACUAUGGAGGAUACCUCUGCCUUCCUAAAACAGCCCAGAUUAUUGUCAACAAUGAACAACCUCAGCAAGAAACACCAGCAGCUGAAGGUGUGGGUGCAGCUGCAAAUGCAGCUGCGACCUCAAGUACAGGCACUGGGGGUAUGGCAGCCAGUGGCAUGGCAGCCAGUGGAGUGGUGCCUGGGGGUGGUUUUGUUGCCAGUGCUGCUGCUGAAGUGCAGACUAGCCGAAAUAACUUUGUCAUCCGGCGGAAUCCAGCUGACCCUCAGCGCAUUCCCCCCAACCCUUCUCACCGGAUCCAGUGUGCAACAGGCUAUGAGCAGAGUGAGCAUAACGUGUGCCAAGACAUAGAUGAGUGCACCGCAGGGACGCACAACUGUAGAGCUGACCAAGUGUGCAUCAAUCUUCGCGGUUCCUUCACCUGUCAGUGCCCUCCUGGGUAUCAGAAGCGAGGAGAGCAGUGUGUAGAUAUAGAUGAAUGCACCAUCCCUCCAUAUUGCCACCAACGAUGCGUGAACACGCCAGGAUCAUUUUACUGCCAGUGCAAUCCUGGGUUUCAGUUGGCGGCAAACAACUAUACCUGUGUAGACAUAAAUGAAUGUGAUGCCAGCAAUCAGUGUGCUCAGCAAUGCUACAACAUUCUUGGUUCAUUCAUCUGUCAGUGUAAUCAAGGAUACGAGCUAAGCAGUGACAGGCUCAACUGUGAAGACAUUGAUGAAUGCAGAACCUCAAGCUACCUGUGUCAAUAUCAAUGUGUCAAUGAACCUGGGAAAUUCUCGUGUAUGUGCCCCCAGGGAUACCAAGUGGUGAGAAGUAGAACAUGCCAGGAUAUAAAUGAGUGUGAGACCACAAAUGAAUGUCGGGAAGACGAAAUGUGCUGGAAUUAUCAUGGUGGCUUCCGUUGUUACCCACGAAAUCCUUGUCAAGAUCCCUAUGUUCUAACAUCAGAGAACCGAUGUGUUUGCCCAGUCUCAAAUGCAAUGUGCCGAGAACUUCCCCAAUCCAUAGUCUACAAAUAUAUGAGCAUUCGAUCUGAUAGGUCUGUGCCAUCAGACAUCUUUCAGAUACAGGCCACAACCAUUUAUGCCAACACUAUCAAUACUUUUCGGAUUAAAUCUGGAAAUGAAAAUGGAGAGUUCUACCUAAGACAAACAAGUCCUGUAAGUGCAAUGCUUGUGCUGGUGAAGUCGCUAUCAGGACCAAGAGAAUAUAUAGUGGACCUGGAGAUGCUGACAGUCAACAGUAUAGGAACUUUCCGCACCAGCUCAGUGUUAAGAUUGACAAUAAUAGUGGGGCCAUUUUCAUUUUAGUCCUUUAAAAGAGUCCGCUAUAGGCAUUUAAAUCAGCCAAAGAAUAUUGUUAUCUUAAAGCACUAUUUUAUUUAUAGACAUAUCUAGUACAUCUACAUCUAUAUACUGUACACUCAACAAUAAUUCAAACAAUUACACCAUGGUAUAAAGUGGGCAUUUAAUCUGUAAAGAUUCAAAGUUUGUCUUUAUUACUGUAUGUAAAUUAGACAUUAAUCCACUAAACUGGUCUUCUUCAAGAGAGCUAAGCAUACUCUAUCUGGUGAAACUUGGAUUCUUUUCUGUAAAAGUGGGACCAAGAAAUGAUUAUCUUCUGUGAUGACAGUCUCAUAAGGAGGCAGUCAUCAUAACAUUGAACAGCAUGCAAGUUCAAGAAUGAGUUUUUUAACUGCUUUGUAAGAAAAUGGAAAAAGUCAAUAAAGAUAUAUUUCUUUAGAAAAUGAG